GUGAAACCCCUUAAGAGUCCCGGCCCUGUGGUAACAAAUGCAAGGUUCAUAUAUCAGACUUUCUCCAGGUCAAAGGAAGUGAAAUCAGAUAUGUGCAUCCAGAGCUUGACAGUCGCGAGCCUAUGCCGAAGCAUUGGCAGCUGCGAACGCGAAGAUGAUGGUCAGAGACAGAAGAGCGCUUGCAUUUCCCUGGGGUUAGGGCUAGCGCACGUGGGGACAGACGACACCACUUUGGGCGACAAGUGUUCGGUGCUUGAUGCCAACAGGCUACAGCACUUCAGCUGUACUUUCAUCUUCGCCUUUCACGACCACUCAUUUAACGACCACUGAAAGCUCGCAGUAUGUCUGUGGCAUUAACGAGCUCAACAGCUACGAAGGCGGUAGCUGCAGUGAAUGGUUACCACACAAAUGGCAACGCGACCUCCAAUGACCCCAGUAUAGAACGGGUUCAAAUCAUUGACGAUGAGAAACGCUUCACCUCAGAUUUGACACCCCAGAUUGAGCGUUGGGGAUUACAGAACGCCGGUUUCGACUAUGACAUCGUUGCGGUAUUUGGCUCACAGUCCACGGGCAAAAGUACUCUCCUUAACCGCCUAUGUGGAACUAAUUUCGAUGUAAUGGAUGAGACAAGAAGGCAGCAGACUACCAAAGGUAUUUGGAUGUGUAGAGGGAAGGGAAUGAACGUCAUGGUGAUGGAUGUGGAAGGAACAGACGGAAGAGAACGUGGAGAAGAUCAGGACUUCGAGCGCAAAUCAGCACUCUUUUCGCUGGCGUCCUCUGAGGUUCUCAUUGUCAACCUUUGGGAGCACCAAGUUGGUCUCUACCAAGGAGCUAACAUGGGUCUCUUAAAGACCGUCUUCGAGGUCAACCUAGGCCUGUUCGGGAAGAAAUCUGCCGAUGGACGGAGCCAGCGAACGUUGCUUCUCUUCGUCAUCCGAGAUCACAUUGGCACCACGCCACUCGCGAACCUCCAAGCUACUCUAACUGCAGAUAUGAAUAAAAUCUGGGGGAGUCUUUCGAAGCCGCCGGAGUUGAAUGACCGCCAAUUAUCUGACUACUUCGAUUUAUCCUUCGCCGCUCUACCACAUAAGAUUCUCGUACCGGACAAGUUCGAAGCCGGAGUUCAAGACCUCAGGAAGAGAUUUACUGAUAAGUCUCGGGAAGACUAUGUUUUCAAGCCGAUGUAUCACAAGCGCAUUCCUGCUGAUGGUGUUGCGUUCUACAUGGAGAAUAUCUGGGAACAAGUUCAGUCAAACAAGGAUUUGGAUUUGCCCACGCAACAGGAAUUGCUGGCACAAUUCCGUUGUGACGAAAUCGCAACAGUGGCACUCUCCGAAUUCAAUGAACAGGCGAAGCCCCAGCGAAAACCAAUUGAGUCUGGCAAAGUUGUCGAGGGACUUGGCAACAUGAUGCGAAGCUGGAAGGCUGGCGCACUUGCUCGAUAUGACAGGGAUGCGUCGCGCUAUCACCAGGGUGUCUAUAAGCGCAAACGCGCGGACCUCAUUUCAGUCAUCGAUUCGACCAUCUCGCCUCUCUUCCUUGGCCAACUGAAAAACUUGCAUAAAGCCUGCUUGGUUUCGUUCAAAAAGGAAAUGGUUGAUGGAAUGCGUGGAGAUUCCUACGACUUCGCCGAAAUCGUCAAAACAGCACGUACUCGAUGCGAGAAGCGAUUUUUGGAAGGCGCCAAGGAAGCCUCGCUAGAAGAUACCGAUUGGAGCUAUGAGGAGGAGUUCACUCUGCUGAGUGAAGAGGUCAAGAAUGUGGCUGAUCAAUGUAGGAAGGACGAGACCAAGAAGAUGGUCAACGUGAUUGAGCGUAACUUCAAGCGGAACAUAUCAGAGCCCGUUGAUUUGUACCUUAACAAAGCUACGCCCGACAUGUGGGACAAGGUUCUCAAGGCGUUCCGGGAAACCUUGGAGAAGGCCGAGUCGUCUUAUCUCACGAAGGCGAAGAGCUUCAGCUGCACGGACGAAGAGAACGCCACCGCAUUGUCAACACUUCGCAAGCGCGCCUGGUUAGCGUUGCGUUCUAAGAUUGAUGAGCAAACCUCCGAUGCCGCUUUCCUCGCUAAGCUGCGUACUCACUUCGAGGAGCUUUUCCGAUACGACGAACAUGGUGUCCCUCGUGUCUGGAAACCUGAGGAUGAUAUCGAUGGCGCUUUCAAGAAAGCUAAGGAUCGGACCCUUGAGUUGAUACCCUUGUACUCUAAAAUUUCCCCUAUCGAACCUUCGCUCGCCUAUACCCUUCCAUCUGAAACAUCCGAUUCACUUUCCGCGGAAGCCGAUGACUUUGACUUCCCAUCCACGCUCCUUAUUUUCUCAGAAACCAAAGCCGUGGACCUCACGAACCGAUUCCGCAAGGAUGCUGAUGCAUAUUACGUUGAAGCCAAGCGCAGCACUGUUGCGACUAUGGCUCAAAUUCCGUACUGGAUGUACGGAGUACUGGUCGUGCUUGGUUGGAAUGAAGCCAUGGUGGUCCUUUUCAAUCCGUUGUACUUCGCGAUGCUUCUAGUCCUUUUGGCUUCUUCAUGGUUCAUUGUACAAAUGGGUCUUGUUGGCCCUGUAUUCCAAGUUCUUCGCACUGUUGGCAAUGAGGUGAGUCUAUUAGGGUCGCAGCCUUACCUCCCAUCGCCUUCUGACUUGCGCAUGUCAGAUCCAACGUCAAGUGUCGAAUCGUCUUCGUGAACACUUCUCCGAAGCAGCGCUUGCACAGCCAGUGAGAACACAACCAAUAGAGGAUCAGCUCGAGAACGACGAGAUCAAGCAGGAGGUGCGGGUGAAGAGGGAACGGUUCUGAGCUAACUAUUUCCUGAUUCUGGAUUCGGACUUUGGUAUAUUUGUUUAUUCAUGGCAUUGUCUUACUUUAUCGGGGAGCUGUCCUCUUCAUACCCGACUUGGGAUUUUUCUGCUCAAGCGAUAGAUCAGACGAAGAUGCUGGGUUCACUAUGUUGAGGUUUCCGUUGUCGUGAAAUGUUUUGUCUAGAUCUCGGCGUCGCGGUCCAGCUUGGACUUAGUCAGUCAAACCCCGUCAUUAGCCUUGUUCAAAGUUCGUCAGAUGCAGAUGAAGAAAUUCCAAAAUAGGCUGAAUUUCGACAUUUGAUAGUGUGACUACCGUUACAUUCCAAAACAGGUAUCUGUGUAAAAAGACAUCCUAACGUUCCAUGUUCCAAAAAUGCUAUCAUUG